AUGCUCAAGGCAGAAGACCUCUCCUUGGUGACACUAAAGGCAAACCCCUCGGGACGCAGAGGGGUGGCCGUUGGAGCUGAGGGUCUGGGCAGAGAGUUCCAUUCCUUCCGGAAUCUGGCUGCAGCCACUCCUGAGCUGUGUUCUGCAGGACGCGGGUCCCCAGGUUCUGGAAGAAAGCGCCCUGCUUGUGGGAGCGCUGAGGACAGUCCUGUCCGGAGGCAGAGCGAGGCUGGCAGCUGCACAGAGGAGGCUCCCCCCGCCUCCUGCCUUGAGCUCGCCGGGAAGCUAGGACCCAGCAGUCCCGCUCCUGGGAUUUACAGCAGAGAAAUAGAAACCUCUCUUCACCCAGAGACCUGCAGGCGUGUGUUUGCACUGGCUUCACUCAUACAUCACCCCAAACGGGAAACAGUCCAAACAGCAGCAGCCGUGUUCAUCACAGUGACGUUUGGAGCCGGCCGCUGGGAGCGGGUGAACCCCUGGUGCAGCCUGGUGGCCCUCACCACCCACCUGAGGCGGAGGGGGCAGGUGCCCCCAGAUGCGACUGUCGCCCUCCUGGCUGAGGACGGGCACCUGGUGACCCUGGGUGAGGGACUGGAGGAGGGGCCCUCCCCGGCACCCUCCACAGGCACCCUGCUGCAGGAGCGCGGGACCUACGUCCUGGUGCAGAUCUUCAGGGGCGAGGGCGGGGCCCCCACCCGCUAUGAGUCCCUUCUGCAGGACCUGGAUGAGCGGUGUCCAGAGCUGGCAGGGGAGCAGGGCUUCCUGGGCCUUGCAGAGGAGCUGCGCUGGCUGUCGGGCCUGCCCCCGCUGGGCGAUGGCCGGAGGAGGCGUGUCGGCCCUCGUCGUGGCCACCAGGAGCAAGGCCCUCCGUCAAGGCCCUGAAGGGCAGGCUCUCUGCUGUCCCGGACCCACUAGCUGGGGCCAGGGGCCAGAGACACACAUACGCCGGAACACGCUACGCCCGGAGCCAG